AUGCGCGGUUUGAGUGUUCAGAGAUUGGUUGUGCUACUGAAGGCGUGCGCCUCCAGACGUGGGACCCCGGGUUCUGUCUCGGGAAGUAACUCAUCUGCCCCCUCUUUGAACACCUCCGCUCACGAGCGCAACACGUGGAAACCAUCAGUGAUUUGUGUCUGCAACGUGUGUGAGAGAAUGGAGGUGUGUGACACGGUAUAUUCUCCCGCUCUCGGCGGCCCAGCCCUCGUGACUCUCCGGUCUCUGUUUCACCUCCCCCACCCCUUUCUCCUCCAAGUUGGGUGCCUCCUGCCCUGCUGGGUGAGGAGGGUGGGGAUUGCAGCCGAGAACACCGCGUCCUCUCUGGCUCCCGCUGGGUCGGCUCCUCCAGCCCUUUUCUUACAUAACCUACCACGCACGUUACCAGCUCAGAUGCCAGCCCGCCACGACGCUAGAGGUCAAAACGAAACUCAGUUCUUCCUGACUUUUUUGUCCAGGCUUCUCGGGCUCGGCGUCCUGAAUUAUCUGAUUCCAAGCACGGGGAACAGAACGGGAGUCUCUCACUCUGUCGCCCAGGCUGGAGUGGGAGUGGAGUGGCGUGAUCUUGGCUCACCGCAACCUCUGCCUCCCAGAUUCAAACAGGAUCUACCCCCUCUGCAGCCCUUCAAGAAGAGGCAAGAUUGCUACCACUUUUCCCCACAAAGUGACGAAAGGAAACAGCGACGGAGGCGCAACCGAACCCAGGAAUCGGUGUCUCGACUGGUCCAUUCCCGGCCCACCCCUAUUAACCGGCUCGAGCCACUCCCUGGACGAAGUCAAGGCCUCGGAAGGCGACUACAACUCCCAGCAGGUCGAGCAGCUCCGCCCGCGCUGAUUCUCCAUUGGCCUUCCGGGGGUGGGGAUUAG